AGAAGAAGCAUGCAUCAUCGGAAGGCUUGGGAGGUGAGACAGAAAAAGCCACUCAGCCCCCUCAUGUCCCCUCUUCACAGUCCGAGUCGCCAAAUUCUUGGUUCACCUCUUCCUUGUCUUCCCAAGAAGCAAACCAAGGGUGGUGGAGAGGAGGGAAAGAAGUUGUUGAUAAGGGUGAGUGUGGUGGGGAGCGCAGGGCCCCUUCGGAUGGUGGUGAAUGAGGAAGAGAGAGUGGGGAGUGUGAUAAAAGCGGCUAUCAAACUCUACGCGCGCGAGGGACGCCUCCCUUGCUUGGGUUCGAACUCUUCCCACAUGGAGCUUUACUCUUCACAUGCUAGCUUAGGAGCUCUGGAUGAAGGGAAAAAGAUAGGUUCGUGUGGAGCGAGAUGCUUUAUUUUGUGCAAGAGAACAGAUUUGAGGUCUGAGUUCCAAGGACAAGAAAGUGGAUGGAAACCUCAGAGACUGAAGCCAAUGCUUUCUCAACUUGCAGCUUGCCUAGUAUUCAUAUCUGUGUGUGAAUGAAUUCACACAAAAAAGUGCAUCAGCUAAGAUUGCUUUGCUAAAACUGUACAAAAUGGGAGAGUUUAUUAACUUGUGCAUA